AUGUUGAGCCCCUCGCCGAAGCCCAACGAGGCAAAGCAAUCCGGCAAGCCUUACUUGAGCGCCCGAGCUGCCGAGCUGAAGCAGAAGCUGAUGCAGAGCCGACUGCAGGCUGCAAGUGCGCAACCUGCAGACAUGAGCUCCUCAGAAGGCGUGCCAGGCCAAUGCAAACAGCAAAAGCAGCCAAUUUCAGACGGGGCCGAACCCGUCCAGACCAAGACAUCUGCCCUUGAUCAAGCACAAUCCAUCCCAGGCCUGUCCCAGGGGACUUCACAAUCCAAGAAACCGUCCAAUUUGAAUGCUCCUGACCAACUUAACGGCAAUGACAAGGUACAGGGCUCUCCAGAUAUUUAUGAGAAAUUGAUGGAAAAGCUAUCAUCUCCAACUCCAUCCAAGACCACUGGCAAGGAUGCAAACGACAUCACGAUGACCGUCAACGAGGUCGGACGCGAUAUAAAGGCGCCCCCGGGCACAAACGCCCACGCGGCCGCAAAAGCCAAUGAGAAACCCGACAAUCGUGCCCGCAGCAAGGCCCAGCGAGGAGGCGACAGCACCGCCAGAAAGGAAACACCUGCAUCGCGCAGUGGUACCAAGAGCCCGGUGGUCCCAAAGGAGAAAGCCAGCACGCUGUCGUCGACUGAAGAGGGCGAGAUCACUAGCAAGCCCCCGGCCCCCACGCGCAAGAUUCCCGUCCAGGAGUCGACGCCCAAGCCUGCCUCGCGCAAGACGACGCCUCCCACCCGUCUCGCGAGACCAAGCCUGUGCCAAAACAAAGAGAAGAAGACAAGGGUGACACCGGCCCUGCUCAUCCAUCCGCGUCCCAGCCCGACGGCAAGCGCGGACAUGGCCGUCGAGGUUCACCUCACGCCCGCCAGGGCAGACAAGGCGACGACAACACCACCAGGGGGGGCCUACAUGGCGCCACCGCCGCCGUUCCCCCACCAUGUAUAUGCGAGGCCCGGCCGCGAGCAGCGUCCCCACCCGACCUCCCCAGUGGCGUCGCUGCCGAUCGAGGACCGCGACUGGGAGAUACAGAGUUUCGACUUCCGGGACCGAGACCUCCGAGACUGGCUGCGUCUGACCGGCUGGGACAGCCGUGGGUUCCGCCUGGGCGAGCUGGCCCGUCUCCGCCGCCAGGAGCAGAUCGACCGCGAGAGUGCCGAGCUGAAAGCGGAAGGCGAGCGAGAGAAGGCCCGGCUGAAGGAGGAAUUCGCCGAGGGUAGCAAGGCGAGCCACCCGAGCGGCGCUAGACCGCGCCCACUGCUGCUGCCUCCUGCGCCGCCCCGGCGCGGAAUCAAGAGAGAGCGCGGCGAAGAGAGUGAUGGCGACGCAGAUGGCGACUCCUCCGCCAAGUAUUACCGUACCAACCGUAGUCACCGUGGAUCUCGCGCCGGCUACCACGGCUACCACCACCGCGGCCGCGAGAACUCCAGACAGCGGCAGGCCCGAGAAGACCGCCAACGAAGUGACAGGUUCUCUCCUUCCCGUGAUUUUGCCGAUAGUCCGCCCUCGCAGUCCCAUCCUCAGCGUCACCCGCGCCAACGCUUCCUGAGCCCGGUCGGUCACCCGCUGCCCCGCGAUGAGUUCGAUGCCCAGCGCGCGAUCGACCGGUACGUGACGCGCGACAGGCAGCCGCCGCGUCACCACUCGCCCAGACCCAGCAGCUCUACGCCCUGGGGUCGCGGCCACAAGUCCUCCUGUUUCCACGAGUCCGAGUAUGGACGUCUCUCAGGGCCCCCCAAUUAG